ACCAGGACCAGGACCAGGACCAGGACCAGGACCAGGACCAGGACCAGGACCAGGACCAGGACCAGGACCAGGACCAGGACCGGGAUGUUCAGCAUCGACAGCAUCCUGUCGGGCCGGCCCGGCGCGCCCCCGGGCCCUCGCAGCGCGGGCCCGCUGCUCCUGGCCGACUCCGUGUUCGACUACAGCGGGCUGUACGCGGGCCCGAGCCCCGGGUCCGGGCCCGGGCCCGCGCUGGGGACCCGGCUGGGAUUUAACGGCUUCUACUACGGACAUGUGCAGCUCCAGAGCGGCUCCGGCGCGGGCGCGCCCCCGCCGUGCUGCGGGGCCGUGCCCGGCCUGGGCGCGCACCCGUGCCCGUGCGUUCCUCCAGGCUACGACAGCUCCGUGCUCGUGCCCGCGCUGCCCGCGCACCUGCUGCCCUACGUGCACGCGCAGGGCCUGUCGCGCACGGAGCUGCAGCUGCUGACGUCACUGCAGAGCCGCCGGAAGCGACGUCACCGCACCAUCUUCACGGACGAGCAGCUGGAGGCGCUGGAGUCGCUGUUCACGCAGACCAAGUACCCGGAUGUGGGGGCCCGGGAGCAGCUGGCGCGCAAGGUGCACCUGCGCGAGGAGAAGGUGGAGGUUUGGUUCAAGAACCGCCGCGCUAAGUGGCGGAGACAGAAGCGUUCCUCGUCGGAGGAGUCUGAGCAUGCUCAGAAGCGAGUCCCGGCGGAGGACACGGAGCAGCAGAAGUGGAGCAGCGGCAGCGUGGACGUGGACGCGGAUCGGGACGCGGAGCCGGCCGCGCAGACGGGGGUCCUGCGGGACUCCGACAGCUGA